AUGACUAGUGGUGAUGGCAUGCUCAAGGAAUGGGUUUCUGGAAUUUUCCAUUUUCGACGGGUUGAAAAGGGAGCCGUGGUAGUCCCGAUAGCCUCGGAGAUGGUAAGAACUAGGCGCCUAGACAUACUGAUUGAUCCUCAACUACGUGACGCCGGUGAAGAGCUCGUGUCCCAUGUAAUUCUCCUCAUGCCCCUAAAACUGGGGCUGGGUGGUCAGGAUGAGGUAGACCAAGGAGACCCAAGCAGACCUAUUAACUUUGACCGCAUUACGCCGUCUGCCACCAAGCCGGCGGCCACCGCGCCGACUGAUAACGCCGAGGAGGCCUGUUCUAACAAGGCCGAGGAAGCUUACGAUAAGUGCCUAGAUGACUUGAAGAACACCAACUUAGAUUGCGUUGCAGUGAGCGACAAGGUUCUGGGUGUCAUUAGGCUGUGA